GAGCAGUAGGGGACGGGUAGUGCCGUUGGUUCAACGCAUGCAUACGGUACUGCUUGGACCCAUUCAAGUUUAACUUUUUUCCCCAAAACUGUCACGCAUGCAGUCUCGCGAUCGCGGGCGUGCGGAUCGGCUACCACGCGUGUGCCUCUGACCGCGAUUUGCAAGUGAUUUGUCACAAAAACCGAAGAAAGUAGAAAUAUCGUUUACCAAACGAAAUAAAAAACAAAACAAAGUAUUCUUACAAACAGCGGGUACAUAAAGUGUGUUUUACUCAUUCUAUCGUGGAUAAUGUGCUUCAAUUUCAAUUAAGAAUGUGUUUUGUUUUACCAUAAAACAACUUUAUCUACGAAUUAGAAAUUCUGGACUUAUUCUCUGUUUCUUCGGUCGAAUCGGAUUAUUUUAAAUAUAAAUUCAAUGAUAUGCACCGAUUUUAACCCGUUAUCUACAUAAACAACGACAAUCGACCACGAUUAAAUUCGGUGAGAAAAUACGUAUUAUUUUGAAAUGGAGGCAGUUUGUGGUCAAGGUGAUAGAAGCUGUGAGAUGCGAGCAUUGAAUGCCGCACUACAUUCACUGCACCUGUACUGCGCUACAAUCACUGCGGGAUUAAUGUACUGUUGUUCCACCACGCACAAACAUUACAGAUAUAAGAAGAACUGGAGAGCUCAAAAUGUACGAGGAGUGGCCAGUCUUGCUCUGUUUGGUAUCUGGUGCUGUGGGGCAGCGGCGGCACUUCUACGUCGCACGGAUACUGUACGAUUAGUCUCGGCCCUCAUGGCACCUCUUGCCUGGAUCGCAGCGGCCUGCUUCCACGUCGCUCUAUGGAAUAGACAAUCCUCAGCGCCUAUAUUGUACUUGGCGAUAUAUUGGUCACUCUCAGCCAUAUCAGCCGCUUCCAUUCUUUGGCAGCACAUCCGUGUCGGCGCUGAAGUCAACCAUAUAGAAUUAUAUAUUCAGGGUGCCUCAUUGCUGCUUUCUUUAACGAUAUCUGCCGUGGACUGCGCGUGCUUUUACGAAGUGGUAACAAAACAUUUUAGUCAUCGCGACAAGACGACGAACAGCUCAAGCAAAGUCUCUUACAAACACAAUAGCUCUCAUUUUUAUUCCAAAAUCUCGUUUUAUUGGAUAAACGGUCUGUUAUACAAAGGGUAUGAAUCUCCAUUAGAGAUGGAGGAUUUAGGAGAAUUACCAGAUAAAGAAAAAUCAGUCAAAUAUUACAAAAAAAUCCACAGCAUUUAUAAAAGCGUUGAGAAAACAAAGUAUAACGAUGGCCCUAGUAUAUGGACAUGUUACCUAUGUAGAGUGUGGCCAAAUUUUUACAUUGGUGGUAUUUUAAAACUUUUAGGUGACUUAAUAGGUUUAGUUCCACCAUUGGGGCUGGCUUUCAUAAUUCAGUUUAUUGAAAGUCCGAUUAGUAAUGAACAUAACAGUAACGAAGCACAUGUAACUUUAAGAGAAUUUAUCGGUAAUGGCUACGUCAUGUUAUUAGUAAUUACUUUGGCUUUGAUUUAUCAGGCCUUACUCUCUCAAAAUUCGACGCAUUUGGUAACAGUGGAAGGUGCCAGAUUAAAGACUGCUUUACAAGCUAUGAUUUAUGACAAAUGUAUGCGUAUAGCAUCUUGGACGCCAUCGGAGUCAAAUUUAGACGAAGAUUCCCCUUUGCUGAUGAAUUCGGACGAUGAGAGCAAUACGCGAUCUGGUCUCAUAACGAAUUUAGUUUCACAAGACACGUACAAUAUUAUGUCUUGCGUUUGGAUUUGUCAUUACAUAUGGGCUAUACCGCUUAAGGUGGCUGUGAUACUAUAUCUAUUGUACAUGAAAUUAGGCGUAAGCGCAAUUAUCGGAGCAGUAGCAAGCGUGUUAGUGAUCACACCCUUGCAAUUUCUUGUAGGAAAGAAACUUUCAGAUAACUCUAAAGAUAUUUCUAAAUGUACGGAUCACAGAAUUUCCAAAAUGACCGAAAUAUUGCAAGGAAUAAAUGUAAUUAAACUCUACGUAUGGGAAGAUUUGUUUAAAGAAAAAAUAUUACAACUUAGAGAAGUCGAACUGAAACUGCUAAAUAAAGAUUCAUUAUACUGGAGUUUUUUGACUUUUUCGACUCAAGUCUCUACAAUCUUAAUCACAGUUAUUACAUUCACUGUAUAUUUUUUCAUAGAAGAAGGAACCGGCUUAACCGCGAUGAACGUAUUCGCUGGCUUAGCCUUCUUUAAUCAGCUUUCCGUUCCAUUGCUUAUUUUGCCAGUCACUGUCCUCAUGAUAAUUCAAGCUAUGGUGAGCACAAGACGAAUCAAAGAUUUUUUGGAUCUUCCCGAAUCGAACAAUGUCGGAAACGAAAUUACUGAAUAUGAAGAGUUAUUGAACAAACCUAAUGUCCCUUGUAAUGACAAUACACAUCAGAAUGACGUGCCAUCUCACGAUGUAAUGGCCAAUAAAGAUGAGAUGUGUGAAAUUGAGUUCGCUGAGCAAUUAUCAAAUGAGUCACACGUUAAUAAAUCGGAAUCCUCUCAAUUGGUCACAUUUCGAAAUGCGGCGUUCACGUGGGGUGUGAAAGAUGAUCUAUUGGAAGUUGGCGAUCUUGAAAUUCCUACAGGGAAACUAAUUAUGGUUGUCGGAGGCACAAGUGCUGGAAAAUCAUCAUUCUUGUCUGCUUUAAUUGGAGAAAUGUAUCUUGAAAGAGGAGAUGUGUUAUAUAAUCGAAACAGUUCGAAGUGGUAUGCCGGUCAGCCUCCGUGGUUGCUAGAGGCUUCAGUUCGCGAUAACAUAAUAAUGGGUCAUUCUUGGUGUCAGAAAAAUUAUGCACGUGUUCUACGCGCCACAGGUCUGCGGCCAGACUUACAACUUUUACCAGAAGGCGACGCAACCCGCCUGGGCAGCCACGGUACUCCCUUAUCCGGCGGUCAACGCAUUCGCGUGAGCAUUGCUCGAGCAUUAUACUCCAAGGCACAACUGCUGGCUUUAGACGAGCCGCUAGCUGCGCUCGACGCUGCACUGGCACGUCAUGUGGUAGCGCGAGGACUGGUGCCGGCUGUCCGCGCAGGGCGAACCAUUGUCCUCGCAACUAACAGACUGGAACUACUACACUAUGCUGACUUGAUUAUCGCAAUGGAUAAUGGACGUGUGAGCGGAUACGGUCGAGUGUCCAGCGCCAGUAACGACAGCUACCUAUCGCGCUGGGUGCAGCUUGCAAGCGAAGCUCGUGCAGCUGCAGCGCGAGGAUGUGCUGGUCCUCCUGACGGAACUGCACGGGAACGGGCGCGGCUCGUGCGAGUGCUCAGCCGGGCUAAAUUCCAAAGAUGCGCAUCAGAGGAUACUGCAAUCGGCAUAACAGAGGCAGCAGGGGCGCAUUUGUUAGCAGAGGUACCGAUGUACACUGGCGGUAGUUGGCGUAGAGUAGUGCAGCAACAGAGACCGCCCCUCAUGAGGCAGUUCUCAUCACCGCCACCAUCAUCUAUAUGGCGUCGUGAAAUACGUCGUACAGUCAGUGCGGAUGAAUCAAACACUACACUACAACGAGAAGUCAGUCUUCUUCGACGCUGGCUACGACCACAAGGAAACCGAACUCUUAGGAGAUGGACCCCGAGAAAUCUAAGACGUUUAAUCAGUUCAGAAUCCGAUACACCUGCCCCGGACACUAAUGGAAUUAAUGAAGAAUCCUUAGUGGAGACCACUUACAGCACAGUUAGCAUAAACGGAGGGGAUACAAAUGUCGGAAUGAUUAAUGACGAAUCUUCACUAGAUAAGAGUCAAUCUUGGAAUGACGUCAGUGAGUGCAAGAUAUGGCUAGAGUAUGGUCUCGCGUGCGGUUGGUGGGGUAUCGCCUUCUGGGUAGCAGCAGCCACAGCGCAAGGCUUAGCGCUGGCAGCCGACUACUGGUUGAUGUGCCUCACUAAUGACAAUGCCACUGAAAACUUUUCUGAUGAUCAGUUGUGGAGCAGUGUCCGCAAGUACGGGUUGUGGUGCGCUGCGGGGGCGGGGGCGGCGGGCGCGGCUCAGGCGGCGUGCGCAUGCGCGGGGGCAGGAGCGCGGCGAGUGCUGCAUGAGCGCCUGCUGCACGCCGCGCUCUACGCCAGCCCCCACCACCACCACACUACGCCCACCGGGACCACGCUCCAUCGCUUCUCCGCUGACGUUCUAUUGCUAGACAAAAAAUUACCGACAGCCAUAAGUCGGUGGACUCAGUUAGCUCUGCUAUGUGCUGCGGCUAUGCUUGUCAAUGCUGUAGUCGCGCCCUGGAGCCUGACAGCACUCAUACCGGCAUUCUUGUGUUACCUCUGCCUACAAUCUGUUUAUUUACGUAAUUCUAGGGAGUUGCAGCAAGUGGAAGGACAAAGCGCCGGAAGAGUGGUGUCUCUUUGCAGAGAGACGUGUGCUGGAGGUUCUACUAUACGAGCCAGCCGACUACAGACCCGCAUGCGGACAGACUUCCUUCGACGUCUCGACUAUAAUCACAACGCUCUGCUGCUCCUCAAUACUGCUAACCGGUGGCUUGGAUUGUCUCUGGAUCUUGUUGGCGCUGCGAGUGUUUGCGUGUCCCUGUGCGUGUGCAUGUACAGCGGCAGUAGAGGCGCGGUCGCGGGACUAGCGGGCGCGUACUCGCUGCUCCUGCCCGCCUAUCUCGCUCAUCUUGCCAAAUGCCGCGCCGACCUCGACCAGCAACUCGCCGCGCUGCAUCGUAUACAUCGUGACACCAAUGUACCCCGCGAAGAUUAUAGAGAGCAUUGCUCUAUUCCUGCAAAUUGGCAAAGAAGCGGAAAAAUUGAAUUUCAAAAUGUCAGCGUGCAGCACGAACCUAACUCGCAGAAUAUUUUGAACAAAAUCAAUAUAUCUAUAGCUCCCGGUGAGAAGGUAGCAAUAUGCGGCAGGAGUGGUAGCGGCAAGUCUACGUUAUUAAUGACGUGUGUUGGAGCAACCAGUAUUGCCGAAGGACGAGUGCUUAUCGACGGGCAGGACGUGUCGCGCGUGCCGCUGCGGGCGUUACGUCACCGCGUGGUCGUCCUGCCGCAAGAGCCUGCGAUGUUCUCGGGCACGCUGCGAGAAAACCUCGACCCGCUCGCCGUGCACACUGACGAAGAAAUAUGGCACAGUCUCAAAGUUGUCGGAUUAUAUGAUUUCGUCAGUGCUCAAUCGGCUGGUUUGGAGUGCAGUAUAGCGGGGCGCGGCGGGUGGAGCGCGGGACGGGCGGCGCGUGCGUGUGCGGCCCGCGCGGCGCUGCACGCCCGUUUAGCGGCCGCCCUGUUGCUGGACGAGCCCGCCGCCGCACUCGACGCCGCAGCCGAGCGAGCACUUCUCGCCGCAAUGGCGCGCAUCGCACCCGACACCACCAUCAUCACCGUCGCACAUCGCAUAUCGUCAGUGCGCGGGUACGACCGCGCCGUCGUACUGGAGGAGGGUCGCGUGGUGGAGCAGGGCGAGGUGGGCCCGCUGCUGUCGCGGCCGGUCUCACGCCUCGCCCGCAUGCUCGCCGCCGCGCACACGCACGUCUGACAACACACAACUCCCGGACCAAUUUAAAUUUAUUGAACAACAAUUUUAUUGUUCACAGCCCUACGCAUCUAUACCCACAUAAUCCAUAGUUUAAUACUACAAAUGCGAUAGUUUCUUUGUUUGUUACGUUUUAAUUACUUUUAAGUAGUUAUCAUGAAAUUUUGGAUAAACAUUUUCGGGGAUACAGAAAAGUUUUAGCAAUAAGGUUUUUUUUCUGUUUAUCUCACAUUUUUGAGUUUGCCAGUACAAUUGGAGUUUACAGUUCUCAUUAGUUAUGUAUUAAGAUGAGUUUAAAUGAGAAUAUCAUACCUUUUUGUCUUUGCGCUCACAUAAAAUAAUUUCAAGAGAUUUUCAGUUACGAUUGUUUGAUGCGAAUGAGUAUGGCUUAGUAAUUAUGAACUUAAACUAACAUUGAACGGCAGAUAACAAAGACAACGUGCGCCAUUUUUUUUUAUGAAGAACACAGAUUGGUUGGCACGGUUAUACAUAUUAAAGAAUAUUCUGGAAUCUGAAUAUACUCGCACGCUCUCAUUCGGUAAAUGGUCAUUAUGUUCACAGAAUUGUCAAUGUUGAGUUUUCAGGAUUUUAAUCCAUAACAAAAAAACGCUGUAUUAAAGAGUUCGCUACAGACCGUCAUAGACUAUGUGACAUUAACGUAUAGAAACAUGUUGACGCUUGCGACCGAGACAAGUAAAUUGCUGAUUUUCUAUUAAUUCCCCAAUUUAAAUGUGAAGUAAAUCAUUUUUUUAAAGCCCAAAUGCCAACCCUAGACCGUAGUCCUUUUGUCAAUAAAACUGAAACGUUUGGUACAACAGUGUUACCAGGUCACAAAUGUCAUUGCAUGGCACAUUUAGAGCAUGCACUUUUUUCUAACUCAAUAUGCAUCUAAUAAAAUCUAUAAUAAUAUUAUAUUUAGUAAUAAAUGAUGUAAGUCGUUUUCACUUCACUUGCGCUAGGAAAAAAGUAAAAUUUAACCCUCAUUGCGGUUUUAGUUGACAAGCUCCUUCUAUGUUAAGAGGUAUUAGAUAAUUUGACAUUAUCAGCUUUACUGAAAUUAUCAUUCUAGACCAGUUAGUUAUUGUCAAAAAUUAGCGGCACUCAAAAAAAAAGUAAUUAAAAGCCGUUUAUGUAGUUACCUAUAGUACAAUUUAAAAUAGUUUAAUAAUUUUGGUGCGGCCCAGUUGUUGAGAAUCAUUCAAUCACAAAAAAAGUACGAAUAGAAAUUCAACAGUAGACUGCAGUCAAACAUGUUCAUAAGAAUUAUACACAUAGCUGUGGGAGAAUUAUUACGACGAGACUGAGACAAUCAAUGUUGAUAAAUAUUUCUACUUAUUUAUGUACUUAAUAAAGUUUUGACCAUGAAAAUAAAAAAAUAAAUAAAAAACAA